GAGAGAGAGAGAGAGAGAGAGAGUGGCUGAUUGGGAAUGAAAAGGGCAGGCCCGUGUGCACACAGGACACACGACCCUUGAACUAUAACCUUUAAAAAGCGUCAGUAGGGAGACAGCGGAGUGGGAUUUGAUUGGAAGUCAAAUAUGGGGAUCGUAAAUAUUGCUUGACUGGCCAAUGUUAAGAAGGAGUGCCAGGAUCAGUCAAUUUGCACAAUUUGCAAGGUAAAACGAGUUAAUAGAGAUCCACUGUGCUCGCUGGGCCAUUUAGCUCAUAAUCAUAAUGACCUGAUGUUCCCUUUUAUCCUUAACAAAAAGUUUCUGCAUUUUGCUGCUUUUCCUUGUGUGUGCACGAAGACGCCACUAGGCGGCCGACUUGUCCCACACUACCCAUGAACCAUCGCUCUGCUGUAUCCGGGUAAGGGAGGUAAACGCAGGAGCGGAGGACCUAAUUGAUUGGGUCAAGGUUUGGAUAUCAGCAGCGAGACGACGUUUUAAUCCUGCGCUCACAGUGAGAUGAAUGCCUGAGAUGAGCAUCUGAAGACUGUUCUCAUUGAUGUUGAGCUCCACUUCCCCUCUCACAGUUUGAAGUUGCAGGAGGAGGAAAUAGCGAGCUGGCGAAUGGGCUGACCAAUCAUGAGGAUCAGAGGCAGACACACAGACUGAGAGAGAGCCUUUUGUUGUGUGCUGCACUCAUCAAGUUAGAAGACAACUCCCCAUUUGGCCUGAAGAAAAUUAAAAGAUGAAGUCUUGUGCAAUCACGCUGUCCACUGUGUGUUUAUCUGAGUGGGUGGCAAAGUUUCAGCGCCAUUCCUAAUGUCAAGUGGGACCAUGACUGCUCUGCUAUUCCCAGCCUGGCCAGCCCUCCCUCGGCCUCCUGACAGUUCCAGGUUUGCUCGCAACACGCUGAGAAACCUGAACAGACGCAGAAAUGCUGCAAGUCACAGGCUGGCUGUCGAACUCCUGGCUUUGCUGCCACCUGUAGCUCGAGGUACCGGUGGUGGAGGUGGCGGAGGUGUCGUGGUGGUGUGGGGGCACCGCCAGGACAGAGCAAGGGGCUCCGGAGAGGAGGAGAGGAAGAGGAGGAGGAAGAAGAAGAAGAGAGAGACAAAGUGGGUCAGAUCAGCGCUGGAAAUGCCCGUCAGAUCUGAGUCUGUCACAUCCUCAGCCAAUCGGAGCCUUCGUUAACAGCGGCGUCGAUUGGGAGAAGGAUGGCGACCAUGCCGUUUGUCAGUGAGGGGAAGUGUGUGAGUGUUGAGUGGGAUUUCCUACAGGGACUACUGGCCAAGCCUCCCACACUGCCCUGUCUCCAGAACCUGCGUAAAGAAAAGUCUCGUAAUGCGGCUCGUUCGCGGCGGGGGAAGGAGAAUUUCGAGUUCUUUGAGCUGGCCAAGAUGCUGCCACUGCCCGGGGCCAUCACCAGCCAGCUGGACAAGGCCUCUGUCAUCCGGCUCACCAUCAGCUACCUGCACAUGCGCGCCUUUGCCAGCCAGGGAGACCCGCCCUGGAGCCCCCUGAUGGAGGGAGACAGCAACUGCAGCAAAGUACGACGAUCAUCUCAUUCUCUGGCCACUGACAUGUUUGAGCAGCACUUAGGGGCUCACCUCCUGCAGUCUCUGGAUGGCUUUGUGUUCGUGGUCAGUCACGAGGGACGAUUCCUCUAUAUCUCAGAGACAGUUUCUAUCUACCUGGGACUCUCACAGGUGGAGCUGACCGGCAGCAGUGUGUUUGACUACAUCCACCCAGCGGACCACGUCGAGAUGGCAGAGCGGCUGGGAAUCAGGCCACACCUGAGGGCCGAGGCCGGCUGCCUCACGGCCCCUGAGAGCGCCUCCAGCUCGGCGUCCACCUCCUCCCUGGCUGGUACACCUGAACCAGCUCCAUCCAGUCCGCAUUCCCCUGCCGACGACCCUCCUGACCGCGGCUUCUUCAUCCGCAUGAAGUCGACGCUCACCAAAAGAGGCCUGCACGUCAAGUCUUCUGGAUACAAGGUAAUCCAUGUGACAGGACGAAUCCGCUGCCGCCCGGCACUCGUGCCGGGCUCCACGCGCUCAGUGCGUCGACCGAUGGGUUUGGUUGCGUUGGCACACACACUGCCGCCGUCUACGCUUAAUGAAGUCCGCAUGGAGAGUCAAAUGUUUGUUUUCAGAGUAAACAUGGACCUGCAGGUCAUAUAUUGCGAGAACAGGAUCUCUGAGUAUAUGGAUCUGACGCCAGCAGAGGUCGUGGGACAUACCUGUUACCACUUCAUCCACGUAGAAGACCUGGAAAACCUCCGGCAAAGCCAUGAGGACUUGCUGAGGAAAGGCCAGGUGGUGACUGGCUACUACCGUUGGCUCCAGAGGAGAGGGGGCUACCUGUGGAUCCAGUCCACUGCCACUGUCUCCAUCAACCACAAGGCCCCCCACGAACGCAACGUCAUCUGGGUCAACUAUGUCCUGAGUCGAACGGAGUUGCCCGACACUCCUCUGGAUCUGCUGCAGCUACCAGAGAAUGUAAGAGCAGAAAGACUUCGAGUUAGCUCAUCGCCCACUGACAGCUCCCCACAGGCCCGAGGCUCGCAGCCAUUGAAGGGCUCAGUGGGGAAGGGUGACCCCGACACUAAAGGCAGAGAUAAAUUUCCCAGUGCUGCCAUCCAAUCAGAGGAGAGGAGGAAGCGCCUGCAGAGGUCCGAACCUGAGGGUGCUCCUCCCGAAACCCGACGCAGGCUGGAGGAGCUCCGUCACGUGGAGGAGAGCGUGUCAGCCUCCUCUGACCUGGCAAGUGAAAGCGAGGGAGAGGAGGAGGAAGAGACAGAGUGGGACCAGGGGGGAGACAGUGACAGAUUGAAACAGGAAGACGGCGGCGGAGGAGAUAAGAGUAGGGAAGGAGACGCCCCGACCAGAGGGGAGAGGGGGGGCAGGGUGCACAACGGCCGGGCUGUGAUCCAGCAGCUGAAGAGCGUCGUGACCCCGUCUGCCCUGCCUGGCAGCCCCAGCAUCAAGACUGAGCACGAAGCCCUGACCACCGGGGGGCGCUGGGGGUCACACACACAAACCUCCACCUCACACACGCACACCACCCAGCCCCAACCCUCACAUGCACACACACCCUCCAGCAGCCUCAAUGGCGACAGCCCCACAACACCGAUCCCCGACUCUUCCUCGAGCAGUGACGCCCCCCCAAAAGGGUUGUUCACUCCCCCGUCCCCUGCUUUGUCCCCGGCCAUGUCUGUGUCCUCCCCGCUGCCCCGUGACGACAGGGCCGUGUCUGGGGUGGUCACUCGGAGCAGCGGUGCUGCAGGUAGCGGACCUGACUUUGAGCUGCUCCAGAGACUGGCUGCAGGCGGCGCAGCGGGACGGGUCCUCUUCCACCCCCUUGCCCUCGGCCCUCAGGGCCCUCAGAGCCUCUACGCUCCCAGCACUAUCCGCUAUGCUCCGCCUGAGCUGCCCCCCUCCCACCACCACAGCGCAGGACACAGCGAUGGCCUGCAGCUACGCUCAGACCACCACAAGGGACCCCCGCCAGCCUUCUUCCCUCACCUACAGCGGUUGGCCGGCUUGCCACCCUUCAGCGGUUUCUCCCCCUCUGACAGCCCUUUCUCCUCCGGUCUGCCCUUCUGUAUGAAUGGACUGAGGGGGGCUGCAGGCUCCGAGGAGGACUGAGACUUGGAGGCGAGGAGGUGAGAGGAGAAGAUAAAAAUGAAGGACAGAGCAGAGUGACAGAACAGAAAGAGAGACACUGAAAAGGGCAGGAGAGACAGAAGUGGCAGGACAUUAAGCCUCUAAGGACUCUACUAAUUGGACAAUGAGUUGAAUAACUGCGAUCUAAAAUAUGUGACAAGUCGCUGCCACGGGGAAUUAUUGUGUCUGCCAAUUGUGGACAAGUGACAGGGACUCUCGGAGAAAACGGGACAUGGAAACUUUUGACUGGUUGUCCCUCAAGACUUUUCCGUCUCUACAACAAUAAUGAACUCUACUGUGUGUCUUUCUCUAGAUGACUGUGUUGAUUUCUGUGUCUCUUCCACUCAGAGAAGCCAUAUUGUAUAUAGAGACAAAAACCAUAAAGACCCUCAGCUCACAUCCUCCUCGUUGUCACUCCAAUUAACCCAAUUAACCCCGAAGCCAGUAAGAGAUGGACACUUGUCUGUAGGAAUGAAAGUGACUUUGGAAUAUAAAUUUUUAUUAUUGCAGUAUUACACAAAUCAUCUCUUACACUGAGAUGCAGGUGAGACUUUGAUUUUAGGUUUUCCCUUGAAAUAGACAGAGACAGCCCUCUGGUGUUUUUGUAUUGAGAUUUAAAAUAAUAAUAAUAAUAAUAAUAACAAUAAUAAUAAAAAU